AUGGCCAAAGUACGCAUCGAGUUCAAUCCCACUGUUCCACACUGCUCUUUGGCCACGCUUAUCGGUUUAUGUAUUCGCGUUAAAGUAGAGCGCAGCUUACCGCAUAAUAUUAAAUUGGACAUUUACAUUAAGAAAGGCGCACACACAACGGAGGACGAAAUAAAUAAGCAAAUAAACGACAAGGAACGCAUUGCCGCCGCUAUGGAGAAUCCAAAUUUGCGCGAAUUGGUUGAGAAUUGUAUUAAGGAAGAAGAAUGAACUUUACCAGACUCAAUAUAUUCAUAAAUUUAACAAAUUAAUGGUACUAUCUUAGGGUUCCUCGUAUUAAGCUAAUCAAAACCAAUUAAUUGGGUCUUACACAAAUGUAUAUAUUUUAUUUUAUAUUAAAAAAAUAUGUAUUUUUGACACAGAUAUGGUCAGAAGUUAAAAA